GGGGUGAAGGACAUCAUAAAGGACAUCCGCUCGCGGCGGGUCGUCACGAAGUUGAUUCUGGGCCACAAUGACCUCGGGGACGACGGAUGCAUUACGCUGUUUGACUACCUGUGCUCUGAAGAAGGCCGGGGGUACAGGAUCGAGGAGAUCAGCCUGAACUCUAAUAACAUUGGCGAUCGCGGGCUGGCUGCAAUCGCAGAUUAUCUGCGAGAUAAUCACGCGCUGAAGAGCCUGCUCCUGCAGGGUAAUGCCUUCCGGGGCGACCCUGAGGUCGUCACCAGAUUCGCUGAGGCGCUCAAUUCCUCUUCUCUGGAGAUGCUCUCCUUAGCGACAAACACGUUCCUCUCGGACCCUUUCAUAUCACGAUUUCUCCCGGCCCUUCAUGCUCGUCACCUGCGGGAACUGCACCUGACCUUGCUGAAUAUCACGAACCGGUCCAUGGACCCCCUCAUCCACUACCUCAUCUCCCCCCAUUGCCGUUUGCGCACGCUCAGACUGAACGGCAACAGCUUGGGAGCCCAUGCCGUCGGUCAAAUAAUACGCGCGGUGACCGUGUCCAACUACAAUCUCACCCGGUUGGAGAUGCUAGGCAACUUCAGCCCAGUGCCCGGGCCUGGGCCCGAUGGGGUACUGGAUGAGAGGGAGUUCAACGCCCUAGCACAAUGGCCGGCCCGCGAGAAGGAGUUGAAAAGAGUGAUGGAGCGCAACGACUACCUGGCCAGGAUGCGGGAGAAAGAAGCGUUGUCCUUGCUGGUCCUCGCGCGCCGAGUACUCCUCCGCUCCAGACGAAGCGACGCAGAGUCCCUUGUCCCUCAACAGGACGCUACCUCCAUGCCGCGGCUGCCCACCGAGUUGAAGCUGCAUAUCAUGUCCCUCGCCGCGCCGCGCCUGUCGAACGCGCAGUGUCUCCGCAUAUUCGCGUACGCUGCCGACCCGGAGACGCUGCCG